AUGCCCCCUCUUCGUGGAUUUUCCGACAAUAGAUUUCGGGACAGAAAGGAUAUACUGAGCGCAACAAAGGCUCUGACCUGCGCGCUUAAGCCUUACUUUUCACCUGGAAAGGCACGCGUCCAGUUGCCAGUCUAUUCAGGCGCCCACUUUGACGAAACUGCCGCGCAGCUUGAAGGUUAUGCGCGCCCAAUCUGGGCAAUAGCCGCCGCGGUUGCAAGCAAUUUCGAUCUAGAAGAGCCGGAAAUUGCCUCAUAUGUCCAAAAUUUGGUAGAAGGUCUUGCCAAUGGAGUCAACCCAGCGCAUCCCGAGUACUGGGGUGCUGUUGGAGACUGGGAUCAGCGAAUGGUGGAGGCUGAACCAAUCUCAUUCGCAAUUUUAAUGGCACCCAAAAUUUUCUAUGAAAGACUGUCAGACAGAAGCCGCUCACACUUAAUCGACUGGCUAUCUGGCCUCAAUGGCAAGAUAAUGCCGGAAAAUAACUGGCGGUGGUUUCGAAUUUUUUCGAAUCUUGCUUUAAGCCGCGUGUGCGGGAUACCCUAUGAACAAGUUCAAUGCUACAUUGACAACGAUUUUGCGAUGUUGGAUCGCUUUGAGCUAGUGAAUGGGUGGUCCGCCGACGGAAUCUGGAGGGAUGAUUCGGGCUCGGGGAAGGAGGCCUACAGUCGACAGGCGGACUACUACUCAGGGAGCUUUGCAAUCCAGUAUAGCCAGCUUCUAUAUUGUAUAGUUGCUGCAAAGUCUGAUCCUGGUCGAGUAGCCCGCUAUCGCUAUAUGGCAAGGCAAUUCGCGGCUCAGUUCUGGAGAUUUUUCGAUGAAGAUGGCGCCGCCAUUCCUUUUGGCAGAUCGUUAACCUAUCGAUUCGCUAUGGGAGCUUUUUAUGCAGCCUUCGCUGUUGCCAAAUGCUAUGAUGGUUCAAAUCGUUAUACUUCUCCAGGCUUCGUGAAAGGGGUGCUGCUACGACAUCUGAGAUGGUGGGGAAAGAACUCUUCACAGAUAUUUUCCGUCGAUGGAACUUUGACCAUCGGGUACCUUUAUCCAAAUAUGUUCAUGUGCGAGGACUACAAUUCGCCACAAUCCCCUUACUGGGCCAUGAAAAGCUUUGUGGUUCUAGCCCUGGAAAGCACCGACGAAUUCUGGACUGCUGCUGAAAUUGCGCACCCCUUUCUUCCUCAUCGCCCGAAUAUGGCCUUAUUUCCGGUGUUGAAUUUCUGCCUGCACCAUCUCAAAUCCUGUGUAAUCACCGCAAUGGCCAGCAUCAUUUCUUACUUUCGGGUGGUCAGUUUUGUAUGUGGCCUUUGA